UUCGCACGCAACGUCAUUGUGCCGUGUGGGGCCAUGAUCGUUGGAGUGUGCGUGCGUCCCUCGAGCUACGCGCGGACCUGCCCAGUAAAUACGAGGCUUCCGUUCCCGUGUACGCGUUGAACCGUUGCGCAGCGAACCCAGAAAAUUUCUCCGUUCAGUUCGGCUGCCGUCGGCGUGCACCACCAUGCCGUUAAGUAUCGGGGUUAACCUAAGAGUGACCGGACACUGCAAUCAGGGCGGUCGCAAGUACAUGGAGGACAUGUUCAGCGUGGCCUUUCAGUCCACACCGGAUGACAAAGACCUGGAAUACGCCUUCUUCGGGAUAUUCGACGGCCACGGCGGCGGCGAAGCCGCCACGUUCGCCAAGGAGCACCUGAUGAACGUUAUCGUCAAGCAGAAAAAUUUCUGGAGCGAUCGGGACGAGGACGUGCUCAGAGCCAUCAGAGACGGAUACGUGAACACGCACUACGCGAUGUGGCGGGAGCUCGACAAAUGGCCGAGAACUGCCUCUGGAUUGCCAUCCACAGCCGGGACAACGGCCAGCAUAGCAUUUAUUCGCAAACGCAAGAUCUACAUAGGCCACGUGGGUGAUUCCGGCAUAAUACUGGGGUACCAAGUAGACAGCGAUCCCGAAUGGCGAGCUAAGGCUCUAACCAAAGACCACAAGCCGGAAAGCGGACCGGAGAUGAUGAGGAUACGCGAGUCCGGUGGUAAGGUAGUCAGUAAAUCUGGUGUUCCGAGAGUGGUAUGGAACAGACCUCGUAUAGGACACAAGGGGCCAGUUCGAAGAUCGACUCAUAUAGACGAAAUCCCAUUCCUGGCUGUUGCUAGGUCGUUAGGCGAUCUUUGGAGUUACAAUUCCGAAUUGGAUACAUUCGUCGUGUCUCCUGAGCCAGACGUGAAAGUCGUUGCGAUUGAUGUUGAGUCACAUCGUUGCCUUAUUUUCGGGACAGACGGUUUGUGGAACAUGUUGACACCGCAAGCUGCAGUGGCCAUUGUUCAAGCAGCGGACAGGCAUAACGAGAAACAUCUGAUUGCUUCUCAGCAAACGUGUAACGAACAAGCUGAUAAUGUUCAAUUGUGGAUCAAUCCGUCGAAGAGUCUAGUAGAUAGAGCGUUAGAGACGUGGUUAGAGAAAGGAUUACGCGCUGAUAAUACGAGCGUUGUAACGUUAAUGUUGGAUCCGCCAGGUCCAUCUCGUAGCGAGGUUCUACUGAGUCAGAAGGAAUGUGCCUUAACGCAUCACAGCAUCCACACGCCCGCAGCUGCACUCGAUACCGCGAGCAUAGAGAAACCUGCCUGCGACCCGGUCGUUCCCAGCAUACCAAGACCCCCAGCGAAUCUGAACAUCGACUUCAGAAAGCCAGACCUUUCGAGAGGAAUCGAGGAGAAGGAAGAUACGAGAUUAGAGAAAGUAUCGCUCACGGAGAAUCUCGAUAUAAGUCACCAGUCGAAGGACGAGGCAAGCGGCGACGAGUCCUUCGAGGAAGACGGUUUCAAAGUCACGGAAACGAUAUCCCACGAAAUAGUCGAGAAAACUGUAGAGCUAGAUAAUUUAAAAUUAGAAACAGUCCCGUUGGAGAAAGUCGAGAGUCUCGAUAAAGAGGAGAAGACGGAAGCAGCUAGUACACCGAUCGAUCAGGAUGGUCUAACGUCGCAGCAAUCGGAGGGUGGGAGCAACGACCACGAUGUUUCGAAUGUGAUACACCAAAGUGCAUUUUCUGGUGAAUGUGAUAACGUACAUUCUCACGUUGGUACUAAUUUCGAGAGCAGCGAGGUGGCCACCGGGAACACGUGCAGCGAAAACGAGGCGAAGGGGAAGCUUUUAAACGGAUCGCAUCACAAACAGCACAUACUGUUCUCUGCCUCGAGGACGGAAGCCAGAAACGCGAGGAGUAGGAGGCAUAGCUUGAAUUCCCAUUCGCGUAACGCCGUCGCGGAGCCAGGAUCGCUGGAAACGAAGACGUACGUUAACUCGAGGUUUAAAUCUCGAGGAACGAAGAUGUCCGUAACGGGAAAGACCAUGGAAGAGGAUGUGAGGAACUCUGCGAGUAAAACGACCGACAUCAGUACCAAGCGAAGACACAGUGCAAUAUCGCAAGGCGUGAUUGGUACAGAGGAGCCACGAGUAUUACAAGAACCCUGCGCGAAGAGGAGAACGAGGUCCGAAGAUAGACCUAAUCCCGUCGACGAGAACGAUCCGGCGAAUCAGUCCACGAAGGAUGCCAGCGGCAGUUGGCCUAACGCGGAGACCAACAUCGCUCGAUCCGCGGGAAGCACCACCACUGUACCCAUCCAGGAAAGGCUCUCUUCGUUGAACACUUACCAAAGAAGUUUGGGGAAAAAAGCCACGCCUGUGAAAGCUAUACGGAGGCCCUCCAUCAAGGGUCUAUUGAAGCAACUGUGGGUCGCUAGUCUCGGCGCGAGAGAGUGGGAUCAGGGGAGAAGCAACAGGUCGACCGGUUGCAGCGAGCGGAGGAUAAAUCGGACCGUGUCCAUCAUAGGCUCCUCGGAUAGCACCACUGUUCCCCAACGAUGGCUCAGGUCGGACACGAUUGCAGCGACUCCCGUAAAAACUCUGCGUUCGCGUAACGUGGACAUAACUGGCCACACGAUAUCCGCACAAUUAGUACACCAGUACGGACUAGUGAAGCAGAAUCGGCUCUCUUUGCCAAACAAAUUGAAGCAGCCGAAUAACAACGGGUUUCUACAGUCGAGUAGAAUAAGAUCGUCCUCCCUAACGUCCAGUAUCAAGCAAACUGGCAACAAUACUGGGAACGGAGCUUGUUCCACGAUCAGCCCAACGAACGCGGGGUGUAACCCUAGUUCUGGGAUGGCUAAGAGAGUCAAGUCGCCUUACAAUCCGAGCGCUAGGUCGUUGAGCACGCGAUCGCGCAUCAAACGACUCGGCAAAUGAGAUUAUAGACAAGGGAAUUUAAGAAAGUACACGAAUAUAUAUGUAUAAAAAUGUGUGAUAAUCGAAGAAGUAGAGAAUGUCCUGUGUCGAAGGUGUGUAUAUGUGAAUUUGUAGAAAUUACCUUUUUCUCAACGAUUCCUUUGAAUGUUAGCCUUCUACGAGAAAACGUCUUUAAGGGAAUUAACGAGUCGUUAAGUAAACAAAGGAUAUAAAUUGCUUAUAUUGUAAGGCUUAAAAUUAAGAUAUCUAGUAGUAGGUACGUAAUCCGUUUUGGAAGUUGGCACGAGUCAGCUAUCGAAGAUUCGUUUGUAAUCGUUAUUACAUUUAAGAGAUCAGCACAAAAUCCCAAGGGAAUCUUACGGUGGUAAACACUGGUCAUAAUUCCGCUACCAUUGCAUGUGUUUAAUUAAUUACUCGUUCAACGAUGCCAGGGGAAUCUUCAGUGGCGACUGGUACGAACCAACAAAACCUUUAUUAUACAAAGUUCAGAUUUAUGCUUAAAGCAAUCUAAAACAAAUUCGUUUGUAGAAAUGUUAGAGUCGGUUGGUUCUUGUUUUAAUGAUUUUUUAAAUCUGUGUUACGCAUCCCCAGAAAUACCUUGCGAAUACAUAAGGAGAAAUAUCCUUCGCAGAGCUUUUAAUGUUAAUAUUAACAAGUGCACCAAACCUUCAAAAAAUAUAAAUGGAAAAUACAUGGAUCAAUCAUUUUCCAUCGAUUACUUUUUUUCUUAUAAAAUUUCCAUUUCCAUAUGUAUUUGCAAGGUAUCUAGAGGAUGCGUAACACAGGUCUAAAAGAUCAUUAAAAUAAAGACCACCCUAAUGUACAGUGAUCGUGGAAACUGUAGGAACUAUCGAUUCACUUCUUUUUUUUUUCUUUUUUUUUAGGAGAUCAAUUUUUUUCCACUUGUGGUAUUACUUCAAGAUAAUUUAAAGUUUGCAGAUAGUUGGCACUGUGCAUAAAAUGUACUUCAGGACGAUUUAGAUUGAACGUUCGUUUAACCGUGUUUUAUUAAUAAUGGGAAUGAUCGAAGGACGUAGUGAAUUCACUUUUACAUGAAAACUUUGCGUUUUGUAAUGUAAAUGCUUAGGGUACGUCACUAGCUACAUAUUGUGCAACAGAGGUGUUGCAUUUUUUAUUUUGAAUUUGAAUGAUACGUUAAUGAUUAAUAUAAUUUUUUGGACUGCUGCUGAAAGACGUCUUGUAUAUAUAAUAUAUAUGUGUAACGUAAAGGGAUUUGCUAUGUCCAGGGAACGUUUGAUCAUCUAAGCAACAAAAAAAAAAAAAAAUAAGGAAAUAUAUAUUAGGAUACGUUUAUAUGAAUUUACUAAUAUUUUUAUAUUUUUACGUUUCAUCAUAGCCAGUGCGGAGUUAUAUCAAAGAGUAGGGAAAAGUAUAUGAUAUAAAUAAUGACACGUGCCUACAAUAGUUACCAUUUAGAUGUAUAUAUAUGUAUAUAUAUGAAGUGUAUUCGUACCAUGGACCAAGAAGAAACUAUGUUUCUCUAAAUCGACAAAAGUAGUAUAUUUAAGUAACUCCAAUUGGUGUCACACGUUCCACGAAACGAAAAUCAUGUUCGAAUUAUGUAAACCAUCUCUUCUUGGUGCAUGCAAUAAAAGUGGCACUGUAUAUACAUAUAAAUAUAUAAGUAUAUAUGUAGAUAUACAUAUACACAAGCGUGUAUGUGUGUGUGUGUAUACAUAUAUAUAUAUAUAUACGUGCAUAUGUAAUACACAUAUUAUUUAUAAAUUGUCUACGUACGUGUAAAAAAUAAUGUGUAGAUGGUCACGCUCAUAGGAGAUGAAAUAAAACAAAAAAUCUUUGCUAGCGUUUAUUUAUAUACACGAGAAAUGUUAUUACAUUUAGGAGAAUUAAAGCGACAGAAUGGUUCCGUUUUGGUGGUUGGACGUGAAGCAAAGUAUUUAUCACGGAUACAGGAAUGUACAGUGAGAGCGACAAAUUUAUAGCGAUUUAUCUCAGGUUAAGAAUAGGUCGAAGAAGGCGAACUCGAACAAAUGUGUGAUCGCGUUUAAAAACUGUAUAUUUUAAUUAAAUAAACUGAAAUAUCCGAAUGCCUUUUUUGGGAGCACGUGCUUAUGGUUGGGACCUUAGUUAUACGCUUGACCAUUUGCAAAAAUUCAUCGGGAUCUGAAAAUCUUGGAUUUCGAAAAGUAAUAGAAACAUCGUACGCGACUUAUUGAUGAUCGAUCAUGAGUCGAAGCAGGAUGUUAUUUUAGACGAGGCAAUUCUUGAUUAGUAUAUUGUAUG